GUUCUUUACUUUGCAAUCAUGAAGGAUAACACGAUUCCUCUUGAAUUGAACACAGGUCAAGGAACCAAUCGGUUCAAGUAUCAAACAUUUAAAACUCGAGUGGAACGUAUCAAGGUGGAUGUUGUACGUCGAUCCAAAUUGGUUGAUGACGAGCCUGAUGAACAUGGUUCUUUCUUUUAUGAAGCCUUGUUAGAAUGGAAGGACCUCAACAUGACCCGUAACUUUAAAGACUUUGCCAAAGAAAUUCAACCUCUUGUGAAGUCAUUGCCUUCGAUCCUUUACCAUAAAGAUAAAAUUGUUGAUAUUCUCGAGAAGCACUUGAAAGUCAAAGACAGUAUGGCUUUAAAUGGUCUUUUAGAUUUGGUGACUAAAUUGGCCAAAGAUCUCGAAGGGGAAUUUUAUCCUUAUUAUCCUAGAAUUUUGCCUUGUGUACUUCGUUUAGUGUAUCACCAGGAUAUUAACUUGCUAGAGAGCGUUUUCAACUGUAUUGCAUAUCUUUUUAAAUUUCUUUCACGACAAAUCCUUCCAGAUCUUGAUCAAACGUUUCUUUUAUUAGCCAAGUUAUUGGGUGAAGACAACCAAACAAAGCCUUAUAUCCGUCAUUUUACAGCAGAAGCAUUUGCUUUUUUACUACGUAAGACAAGAGGAGCUGAUUUGGCCAAGACUGUCAAGUGCAUUUUGGAUACCUUAAAAGCAGAACCCUCUAUUGAAUUUGAAGAAGGUUUGGCUAUGCUUUUCUUUGAGUCUAUCAAGCAAAUUGACCAUCGCAUCCACUCUCGAGGUGAAUCUAUUUUUAAAGAACUUUUGUCACAAGCAUUGAAUGAACAAGUUGCAGCAGAAGACUUAUCUACACAUCCUGGUUACCUCUUAUUGACAAAGACAACACUAUUAAUUUUGCAUCAUACAUAUAGACAGCAUUUCACCCCCAUCAUUGACAUCAUUUUAAAAGAGAUAGAUACACAACAAAAGGCCAAGGAAUUAGACGAGAAAUGCUUUGCUAUUUUGAUGUCUUUGUUCAACAUGAUUGUUACUGUUCGAAAGGGUAGUCGAGUAGAAGACUUUAAGCCUCUUAUCUCUUGCCUUGAACAAGUAACCAAGACCAUUUUUACAUCCAACACAUACACCAACUUCAUGUAUACUCAAGUACUCCGUGCUAUCACUGGCACUUUAUAUCAUGGAUCAUUGGAAAUAGUAGUGAGCGGUGGUCGUGUUAUUUUGGACACCUUAAACACCUUUGGCAAUGUCAAUUUAAUUUAUGGUUUCUAUCUUUCCUUGGCCAAAUUAAAAUGGUCAAACUAUACACAAAUUUGUUUACCAUAUAUCAUCAAGUAUUUGGCUGCCAACUUUAACAAGUAUCCUACUGAGACUAUCUUGUUCUUGUCUCAAGUAUUGUCUACUGACGCACUUAUUUUGUCUGGAACACUCUCAUCCUCAUUGACACCUGAAGGCUUAAUUCGCUUCCCUUCAAGCACACAGCAACAAAAAUCAGUGACAGAGAGUAUAUUGGAUUUAAUCGCAACAUCUUAUAAUUGGGACAAGGAAAGAGACAUAUUGAAUGAUACAGAUGUACAUUCUCAAGAACGCAACGUAUCUGCCAUCACUAUUUUGGCUUCUGCUCUUCGUAUUUUAAGCAAAGCUCAAGUAUCUGUUGAAAAAGCAUUCCCUGCCAUUAUGUCCUUGUUUGAUUCUCUCUCUGGUUUCUUGGAGAACAAUACAGAUAACCCUAUGAUUGAAACGACAUAUGUCUUAGGUCAUAAAAACUUUGUUUUGGAGUCAUUGAUGGGUCUUUCUCUUCAAUCUUUAGCUGACAUUGCUGUUCAUAAUACAACUGCCUUGAACGAAUUAAGAAAAAUGCACACUAAAUUGGUAGAUCAAGUACUGGUUCAGCAUGCACGCAAUGAAAUAGUCCUUGCUGGUAUCUUUACUUAUUUAGAAUUAUUGAGUUCAAGUCCAGCUGAUAAAGACAAGUUUUCUUUGGCCAAUUUAAAGAAACUAUAUCCUGUUCUCAAAUUGAAUCUUAGUUCUUAUAAACGCAAUUGUCGUCUUAACACACUCAAGAUUCUUGCUCUAUUUGAGCAACCUUUGAUGAAGCCAGAUGAAGAUCACAAGUUGCCAGAAGUAUCUGAAAUUGCCAGAAUUUCUUUGAAUCUUGAAGAAGUAGAGGCUACUUUCAAGGAAUACAGAGAUAAAGUGCUUUUAAUUCAAAAGCUCAAAUUGAUUACUAGUUCUAAGCGUACACCCGACUUGUUUGUGGAUUUUGCUCCUCGUCUAGCAUUGGGUAUUCUCACUAUCAACCUGAGGCCCCUUUGGGACGAAGCCAAACAAGUUUUGAUUGCGUUUUCUCAAAUCAAUGCCGAAGUCUAUUGGUCACUCUUAUACAAUGAAAUCUUGAAAUACGCAACCCCAGAGGGUUUAGUGUGGGAUGGCUUUACAAAGGAAACCAUCACCAAAUUAUUGACACCUGAUGAACCAGAAAAUGGAAAUGCUACCAAGACUGGCACUAUUUCAUUUGAGUGUCCCACUUUGAAUAACUUAACUCAUGCAGAAGAUAGAUCAUGGUGUAUUAUCAACAAAGAACGCGCUCAAAGUUUGGCAUUACUCUUUGCUGAAUUCAGUCGUCAAGAAGCCAGCCAUAUGGACUUUUGGAACUAUUAUAACAUGAUCUUGCUUACCUUGAAAGAAACACAGUUGAUUACAGAAGCAAGAGCUCGUAACUUAGUUGUCCUCUUUUUCGAAUUUCUGGAACGAGAAUUCACUUCUGCACAAGAAGACAAUGACGAAGAAGAAGACAACAAGGAAGAAACCACAUCUCAUCUUCAGAUUCUUCCUCGUUCAAGCCGUAUUAUCAAGAACAAAAUGGCCAACUGGCUCUCUGUCUUUUCUGUAUUUAAAAACCCUAGAGCCAUCUACAGAACACAAGAAUUAUACAGUGCAUUCAUGCGAAUCAUCGCUAUGGGUGAUGCUAAAUUACAAGCUGCUGCCUUGGAAUGUAUUUUCACUUGGAAAGAUCCUAAUGUCAGACCUUAUGCCGAUAAUUUGCGCAACUUGUUAGACGAUAUCAAAUUCCGUGAUGAAUUGGCUACGUUCAUUCAAAAUGAAGAACAAAUUUUGAUUGAUCCUGCCCAUCGUACUGGUCUAAUGCCUGUUGUCAUGCGUGUCUUGUACGGUAGAUUGAUUCAAAAGAGCAAGGCAUCCAGCAAAACUAGUAAAGGUUCUCGAAGAAAGAUCAUUUUGGGUGGUAUCUCAUGCUGUAAGACUGAAGAAAUUCGUUACUUUAUUGAUCUUGCAUUGGAGCCUUUUACAGCCAUUUUGGAAUUGCCUGGUUUACAAGUCGAUGACAACAAUAAUGUAACACACUUUGAAUAUGUAAACCAAGGAAAACAGGUGAUUGAACAAAUUGCAUGGAGAAAGCAAACUGGUUUAUUGAACUUGCUGGAAGAUACAAUCAAGCAAUUCGCCACACACAUUAUACCAUUUUUACCAGAUUUGUUAAAGGUUGUGUUGUAUAUCAUCAACUUCGCCCAUAGCCAUAAGUCAACCGAAGAUUCUAUGGAUAUCGACAACCAAGUCACUAGUCAAAGUAGCAAGUCAAAAGAAGUUAAAUCUCUUGCUCUCAAGCGUAUUGUAGAAAUGUUCAAGAUCAAUGGCAACUUCAAUUUCACUGCUUUUAUGCCUUCGAUGUUCUCUGCUUUCAUUUCACCUCGUUUGCCUACUAUGCCCUCGGAUAGUUCCCAAGACUUGUCUUCAUUAACCAACUUGUUCUUGGUCUGGUCUAAAAAGAGCGAUUAUGCAACUUAUCUGGUAGAUUAUGAUGACCGUGUAAUGCCUCAGAUUGUGUCCACUUUGUCUGUAAAAAGUUUAAACGAACAAGUCUUGAGUGUUUUAUUGGAGAUCCUUGAGUCUCUUUUAGAUCUUUGUGACCAAGAGAUGGAAGUAGAUGAUACAGCUACGCUCAAAGAAAAGCUAAUUAUUCCUCAUGUGGAUUUGAUUCUGAACCAUCUCAAGUACCGUUUGACGCAAUCCAAGGAUGAUACUAAGUUUGGCAGUGGCCGUUACUCUGUCCGUGAGAUUGCCAUUGCCGCCCGUGUUGCACCUUAUACAAAGAACGGAGAACAAGCUGCAGCUAUCAUUGAAUUACUGUUGCCCAGUCUCAAGAAGCCUUCUCGUACAAUUCCUGAAAAAUCAAAGCAAGAUAUUUUCAAAAUCUGGGCUAGAUUCAUUCGCAUUGUGCCUGGCUUUGAAGCAGGUUCCAACCUCUAUCACCAAUACUAUGUCAUGGCUUCUUCCAUGUUUGCUACAGCUUAUUCUCGCGAAAGUCGUGAAGGCUUGUUGGAAGUGUUCCAUGCUUUUGCAGAUGUCAACCCUGAAUUGACCAAGGUGGACGAACUCUUGACUAUGUUGAAUGCUUAUUCUGAGAAGCGCAUUGACCAACCUGACUAUGAUCGUAUGCUUGAUGCCUUAAGUGCAAUUGCUGAAACUUACUAUGAGACUUUCAAUGUACAUCAAUGGCUUCCAGUAUUGCAUCAGUUGACACACUGUAUGCACGAUGCUGAAGAAAUGGCUAUUCGCGGUCAAGCAACCUUCUGUAUGGUUCAAUACUUGAAGGCAACCAGUCAACAAUCUGAUGAAGACGAAAAGCGCAAAAUGUUUGGCUAUGUAAAUCAUGUCGUUUAUCCCGGUAUUAAGCGUGGUCUUCGCUCUCGCAUUGAACUUGUCCGUAUGGAAUUCAUUUCCUUAUUGAGUUCUUGCGUAAGGAUCUUCCCUAAUUUGCCUAUGUUCGAAGAUAUGGUUCCCUUGUUAGGUGAAGGCGAUGAAGAAGUCAAUUUCUUCAACAACAUCUAUCAUAUGCAAAUUCAUCGUCGUGCUCGUGCCUUGGCUCGUCUUGCUGACUAUGCUCAGGAAUCCAAGUUGAAGGUUGCUACUAUCAACAAUGUAUUUAUUCCCAUCAUUUCUGCCUUCUUUAGCGAAAGUGAUCGUACAGUGGAUCAUAAUCUUUUGAACCAAUGUACCCUUACAUUGUCUGCUUUGGCCAAAGCUCUGCCUUGGGGUCACUACUAUCGUUUACUUCAAAACUAUUUGAGCUAUAUCAAGGAAAAUGAUGAAAAGGAAAGAACUUACGUACGAGUUGUGAUCGGCAUUUUGGAUGCAUUCCAUUUCGACAUUCAAGACCUUGAACUCUCGGAUGAAACUGUGAAGAAAAUCAUGGGCCGUCAAAAAGUUCGCAUUGACUAUUUGACCAACGAAGAGAUCAUGAAGCAAGCUGCUAAGGAUGCUGGUGAGGUAGUUGAAGAAGAAACCCCAAACGAGGAAGAAGCAGAAGUGGAAGUUGAAAAGGAUCAAUCAGAAAAGAUCCAUGAUAUCUUGGUUGAAAAGGUUCUUCCUGAUUUGAAUAAUAUGUUGAACAACAACAAGAGCAGAAAGUCUGUCAUUGUUCGUGUGCCACUUGCUUUGGGUAUCACCAAACUUCUCUGUCAUUUCCCAGAAAAAUCUAAGCGUAUCAACUUGCCUGGAUUGCUUACUUCGGUAUGUCAUAUCAUCAGAAGUAGAGCACAAGACGUAAGAGACAUUACUCGUGAAACUCUGAUCAAAAUUAGUGCAUUUUUGGGCCAUUCUUACUUCAAUUUCAUACUCAAAGAGCUUCGCGCUGCGCUCCAAAAGGGUUAUGAAUUACACGUCUUGGGCUACACUAUCAACUCUCUUUUGCUUGAUAUGAUGCCUCGCUUGAAUGUUGGUGAUCUUGACUAUUGUUUGCCAGACCUUGUUGAUUUAUUGGUUAGCGAUAUCUUUGGUGAAGCUGGACAAGAAAAAGAUGCAGAUGAAAUGACAGGCAAGACUAAAGAAGCCAAAAGUCGCCGUAGUCCUGCUGCUUUCGAAUUGAUUUCCAAGAUUACUCAGUUCAAGAAUGUUGGUUUGUUGCUUGUUCCUCUCAAAGACAUCAUGUCUCACACUGAAAGCAGUCGUACAUUGCGUAAAGUUGAAGAUUUGUUGCGUCGUAUUGCGCUUGGGUUGGUCAAUAAUCCUGGAUUUGAAUCUUUGGAACUCCUUGACUUUGCUUAUGGCUUGAUCUCUGAAAACAACGAAGAAUACAAGGCCCAGGCCAAAAUCAAGGUCAAAAAGACACAAAAGGAACUCAAUUUUGAAGUCCAAAUGAAGCGUGUGAUGGUAGAGCCUGUUGAUUAUUAUCGUGCUAAUGCUUAUCGAUUUGUCUACUUUGGUUUGAGUCUGCUAUCAAGCGCUCUUAAGAAAAUCAAGUUUGACUUGAACAAUGAAGAAUACGUCGAUCGAUUAAGAAAACUCUUAAACACUGUUGGUAACACUUUAUAUUCAACUCAAUCAGCCAAUGUCGUUCUUGCUACUCGUAUCAUGUGCCACUUUAUUGCUAUGAAGUUGCCUAACAUUUCUUCAGCCGUUGCAGUGUCUAUUGAGCGCUGUUUUGCUAUCAUCAAGUCAUCUGGUAGCUCAAGAACAAACACUGUCCAGGGCUGUUUGCGUUUGCUGACUGUUUGUAUUCGUGACAAUGAUAAGUCCAAGUUGACAGAGGCUCAAUUGACGUACAUUCUCAACUUUGUUCGUCCUGAUAUGGAGGAAAUUGAACGACAAGGUACUAUCUUUGCGCUGGUUCGUGCUAUUAUCUCUCGUAAAUUUAUGGCUCCUGAGAUGUAUGAUCUUAUGGACACUGUAUCUAACAUCAUGGUAACUAACCAAAGUCGAGAAAUUCGUGAGCAAGCUCGUUCUGUCUACUUUAUGUUCUUGAUGGAUUAUCCUCAAGGUAAGGGACGUCUCAAGAAGCAAAUGAGCUUUAUCAUCAAGAAUUUGGAAUAUGUCCACGAGUCUGGUCGUGAUUCUAUUAUGGAACUGCUGCAUCAUAUUAUCACCAAGUUUGGCCAAGAUAUUCUCGCUGACUAUGUAGAUGCCAUUUUCUUUGCUCUUGUUAUGCGCUUGAUUAAUGAUGAGUCUCCCAAGUGUCGUGAAAUGUCUGCUGCCUUAAUUAAGUCACUCUUCUCUCGUAGUGUAGAUCGUUUGCCUACUAUCUACAAAUUACUGGACAAAUGGUUGGAACAAACCGGCAAAUCUAGCUUACAACGCGCUGCUUGCCAAGUUUAUGGCUUAGCUAUCGAUACCUUUGGCACUCAAUUGCGUCCACAAGCCGGCCUUCUCAUUCAAAGACUUGUAGCUAUUUUACAAGCCAGUCGCACUUUAGCUGAAGAGCAAGCUCAGCAACAACAAGACGAUGAGGACCCAAUGGACGUUGAUAUUCAAUGGGAAGUUACUUAUUAUGCCAUCAAUACGUUUGCCAAGAUUACCAAAACUUUCCCCAAGCUUGUUUAUGAUCAAGAUACUGAACCCAUUUGGUGUGGUUUACAAUCCAUGUUACUCUACCCUCACUCUUGGAUCCGCUCUUCAACUACCAGGCUUUAUGGUGCUUAUUUUGCUGGCAUUGAUGCUGAAAGCCGUACAAUUAAGGACACUGAUUUGAAAUGCACUUAUUUAGACAGAGACACACUUUGCUCAUUAGCGACAGACUUUUUGGAGCAGCUCAAGAGUAAUUAUGUCUCACAAGAACAAGCAGAUCAGAUUGUAAAGAACUUGUUCUUUGUUGGUAAAUGCUUAUACUAUAUGCCUGAUGAAGAAGAUACAAAGGACGAUAAUGGAGAUGAAAUCAAGAUUGAUGACGCUUGUGACGAAGUUAUUGAGGGAGAAGAGAACGACAAAGAAGCUCAAGAUGCUGCAACAAAGAUUGGAAAAUCUGCACAUAAACGAUCAUUAAAUUGGCUGUUUAGAAAGGCCUCUUUCGAUGCUCGUGGUGCUGCUAUUAGAAAAAUCAAGAGUGCUAUGUUACUUCGAUCUUCUGUGUUCAAGUGGUUUGCUGCUAUGUGUAAUACCAUGACACCAGAUGAAUUACCGCCUUAUUUAAUGCCCGUCGUUGCUCCAAUUUAUCGUACUGUCAACGAUGAACAGAACAAAGCUGAAGGAUUUGGUAACGUAUUUAAAAGACGUCUUUGGUAUUUACACUAUUUUUUAUAGGCGAACUGCAACAACUAGGUAAUGAAAUCCUCGGUUUGCUUCAGAACAAGGCCGGGCCUACUGUUUACUUUGCUGUCUAUCAGCGUGUACGUCAACAAGUUCUCAAAGCAAGAGAAGACCGUAAAGCAAAGGACGCUAUUUUGGCCGUGACGAAUCCUGCUCUUGCUGCUAAACGAAAGCUUGAUAAACACCAAAAAUCGCAUGCCAAAAAGAAGAAGCGUACACACUUCUAGAUCUUUUGUAUUAUUUCCACAUUUAUAGUUUUGUAUAGUAUUAAAAUAGAAUUUCAGAUUGUUACAGUAAUAUCAGUAUCACUUGGCG